AUGGUCGCUGAGCGCCUUACCAAAAAGCAAAAGAAAGCGAGCGCGUUUCGUGAUCGUAAAGGGAAGACGCGCGGGGAGGACGAAACUCUGGACGUUCCUCAAGCUGACGGACCCGAUGUCCCGGAAGCUAUAGUCGACGACUCUUAUGCGCCUGUAGAGGAGAAGGUCGAAAAGAAGCGCGCAGAAAAGAAAGUGAAGGAGGGGAAGAAGAAGGCGGAGGAUGUGCCGGAGACUCCUGCGCCUGUGAAGCCCGCGAGUAAGAAGAGGAAGAGGGAGGAGGAGGCCGUGAAAGCUGAUGGCGCGGCGACUGCAGUCGAAAGCACUGCCGGUAGCGAGGUGGGCGGCGCGGGAAGCCACAAGAAGAAGCGGAGGAAGGGCGCUGCAGUCGAGGAGGCGGGUGAAAAUGAGGGGGAGGAUAAGAACAGAAGGCUCAUUCUCUUCGUCGGCAACCUAAAGUACACGACAUCGCGCGAAGCUAUUGCCGCUCACUUCUCCGCAUGCGAUCCCCCGCCAUCAGUCCGCCUCCUCACGCCGAAAGCCGCUAAACCCGGCGCCACGGUCAACAAGUCAAAGGGCUGCGCCUUCCUCGAGUUCAGCGCGAAGAGCGCCUUGCAACAAGCCCUCAAACUACACAACUCGGACUUGGAGGGGCGUCGGAUCAAUGUCGAGCUCACGGCCGGCGGCGGUGGAAAGAGUGAUGCGCGGCUUGAAAAGCUCAAAAAGCGUAAUACUGAGUUAAACACUCAACGCAAAAAGAAGGUCGAUAAGGGUGAUGACGGUGCCGUACAGCCGCGGACGCAACGCUUUUCGACAACUUCAGGCGAAGGAGAGGCACCUUCUGGCAGGCGCACAUGGACAGUCGGAGAUGUACAGGAGGAGGAGACCCAUCGUGGAGGAAAGAAUGCGAAGAAGCGGGGAGCGAAGAAGACUAAACCCAGAGAAUGGGGAACAGGCAUGAACGCUAUCCCAGUCGGAUGA